ACAACCCUAGUAUUGAUUAAUAACAAUAGGAAUUUGCACAAACUUGGGGGCCGCAGUUUCUGUAGAUUCGCAGCCAAAAUGGACAUGAUAAACAAAUUCUAUUCGACGGCUGUGCAGACUGUAUCCACUCUGUCCGGCGUGCUGCCCGGAAACAAUGUAACGCGCGAGUACGAGGUGCUGGAACAGGUGUGCACCGCAGGAGUGGGUCUUAUGUGGAAGGUUUACAAUGGCUACAAGAAGAGCACAAAGCAGGAAGUGUCCGUGUUCGUGUUCGAGAAGAAAUCGCUUGAACGAUGGUCGAAAGAUGACAGGGAAACUAUGCUGGAAACGCUGCGCAGGGGCGUGCAACAGUUGACCAAGAUCCGUCACCCACAUGUGCUGACUGUGCAGCAUCCGCUGGAGGAGAGCCGGGACUCACUAGCCUUUGCCACGGAACCCGUGUUCGCCUCGCUGGCAAAUGUCGUUGGCGACAACGUCCGCUCCGAGAAGAAGCUGUACGACGUGGAAAUCCGUCACGGCCUGCUGCAGCUGUUUGAUGGUCUGCAGUUCCUACACCAGGACGCCAAGAUCGUUCAUCGCAACAUAUCGGCCGAGACGAUCGUGAUUAACAAGAACCGCAGCUGGAAGCUGUUCGGCUUCGAUUUCUGCAUUGCCAACCAGCCAGCGACGGACGGAACACCAAACUGGCCAUUCCGGGAGUACACAACCUCCCUGCAUGUUCUGGCACAACCCAGUUUGGAGUACACGGCUCCGGAGGUGGCCUUGAACAGUUUAAACACACCCGACAGUGAUCUCUUCUCGUUGGGUGUGCUCAUAUUCACCAUCUAUUCCGGCAAGCCCCUCAAGAUGUUUGGCAGCGAUUACAGCGGCUUUCGGCGCUAUGCCAACGAUCUCAACCAGCGCAAAUAUCCACCUAUGAAUGCUGUGCCCGGCGAGCUGACCGAAAGCCUUAAGGCCCUACUCCAUCCCAGUGCUAGUCUGCGGCCAAAGCUGCACGAGCUCAAACAGAUCGCCUACUUCCAGGAUGUGGGCGUUAAGACUCUUAGCUAUUUGGACUCGUUGUAUCAGUGGGACAAUCUACAGAAAUCCAAGUUCUACAAGGGGCUGCCCCAGAUCAUUCCGACGCUGCCGCACCGCGUGAAUCUGCAUUCGAUCCUGCCCUAUCUGGUCAAGGAGUUUGUGAACUCUCCGAUGAUCCCCUUCGUGCUGCCAAAUGUGCUGCUUAUCGCGGAGAUGAGCAGCCAGCGAGAGUACUGUGACCAUAUCCUACCGCACCUGAAGCCUAUCUUCAAGCUGACGGAUCCCAUACAGAUCCUAUUGAUUUUCAUGCAAAAGAUGGAUCUUUUGUUAAAGCUAACGCCCGCGGAAGAAGUCAAACAGAGUGUGCUGCCGCUGCUGUAUCGCUCACUGGAGUGCGAUAUGCCGCAGAUUCAGGAUCUGUGCUUGGCAGUGCUGCCCACAUUCUCCACCCUAAUCGACUACAACGCCAUGAAGAACUCGGUGCUGCCACGCAUCAAAAAACUCUGCCUGCAGAGCAGCAACGUGUCGGUAAAGGUCAACUGCCUGAUAUCCAUUGGAAAGCUCUUAGAGAACCUGGACAAGUGGCUGGUACUAGAUGAGAUCCUACCUUUUCUGCAGCAGAUUCAGAGCCGAGAGCCUGCCAUCAUCAUGGGCAUCAUAGGAAUCUACAAAAUUGCAAUGACCAAUACAAAACUGGGCAUAACCAAGGAUGUGAUGGCACAUAAAUGCAUUCCCUACCUAGUGCCCUUAAGUGUCGAGAAUGGCCUGACUAUAGCUCAAUUCAAUACAAUUAUAGGUCUCAUCAAGGAAAUGAUGGGCCGGGUGGAACAGGAGCAGCGUGAGAAGUUGCAACAACUGUCUACCAUUCAGAGAGACAAUAAACCCAAAGAUGCUUCCGAAAUAUUGGCUAAUGAGCUGGAUGGCAGUUCUGCCCUUUCACCCAGUGAUGGUGCCAACAAUGGCAACAAGAUCAACGAUGACAUGUUCUCCGGCUUCACUGUGGGUCAACCAAAGGCAGGCAACGCCGCUCCCCUGGCGCCCGUCAAAGCCAAAGAGCAGCUCAAAAUAACGCACAACACUAUGUCAGCACAGUCAACUGGCAGGCCAGACAUUCUCUCCUCGAUGAUGCAAAGCAACCUGACUGGGUUGGGAACGACAACAGCUACCACUCCACCUGCGCCAGCACCGGCACCGAUGCAGAUCAAUAAUGGCUGGCACAGUGCAAAUCCGUUGGUUAUGAACCAUCAACUGGCCUCACCACAGGCCAGCAACAAUAAUUUCUCCUCUCUGGAUAACCUGGAUCCCUUCGGAGGAGGUACAGGCCUCACUGCGACCACUAAGCCAAACACAAACGGUGCCAACACAUACACGCUGCAGCAGCCGACUGUUAACUAUAUUUAUCCAGCCGGAUACAGUCUGAACAGUAUCCAGCAGCAUCAGCAGCAACAGCAGCAGCAUCUUCUGGGCAAGCCCAGUCAAGCUCCAACGCUGCAGCCCCAGACACAGCCCCUGCUAACGACAGAUAACCAGAACCUCAAUGCACUCUCCCAGCAAGACAUACUUAACUUUUUGAACUAGACAGUUGUAGCCAAUAACCACAUAUUCCAUAUAUCGAACAGCAAGGCCAACUCUAUAUACAACAGGUUGCGUCGGACUUUUAUGAAAACAACCGAAUGCGGCAAAAACAAGAGAUAAUAGUCAAGUCUCAUCAACUUCUGCUGAGAGAAAUAUCUAUAUCUUGGGACCCAUUUGUUAAGACUUGACUAUACCUCAUGUUUUUGCUACAGGGAUUUCGACUUACCAUUUUAUUCACGUAUAUACAUACCUAUAAAUAUAUAUAUAUAUAUAUAAAUUAAUUAAUGUGCGAGGUGUGAUUGUCCUGUGUACGUGUGUGUGGUGCGUGUUUGUUAGAAAUGUUUUAAAUUAUAUUAUGUAGAUUUUAACACGAGUCCUUUGGCUCCUCGCUCGUUGCCACAUUCCGCAACCGAUAUCAAACGCAAAACGAAAUGAAAGCGUUUAGUUAAAAAUAGAAUAUGUAUUAUUAUUGUUAGCUAGACAAAAGAGCAAACCGACUAUGUUUUGUGCAAUGGAUCCUUACCUAUGUAUAUUUUACAAAGGAUAUAGACAAAGAUGUAUUAUUUAAUAUAUCAAAAUAUGUUAUUUAA